GUUGAUGCUGUUUCUCCUUCUCUCAGCAGUUCGCGGGAGGUGAAGGAGCUCUGGCUGGACUCUCUCCUCGGGCAAACAAAAGGACCCAAGGAAACCAGAGUGACCAGAGUUCCUCCGAUUAAACUCCUAAUGAAAGUGUUAAGCAGCUGUAAUACUUCAAAGACACUAAAUGCUGGGAACAUGGAGAGUUUGAUUGAGUGCCAGUCAGAGAAAUGCCCCCUCUUGGUCCCCUCAGAUAGCGAAGAGGGACUUUGCCCUUUGACAGAUGGAACUAAGAAAAGAAAGAAGGUGAUAUCAUGGCCAUUUGCUCUGAGACGAACCUCUACCAAUGGAGACUGCCCAGGGCAGCUGGACUCUGACCUCAAGAUCCCCCUCUUUGGCCAACCUCUGGCAAUUAUUUUUGAGGAAGAUGAGAGAUUGCCCCAACCAGUCCAGGAUCUCCUAGCUAUCUUGUAUAGGGAAGGCCCUUCUACUGAGGGGAUCUUCAGAAAAGCUGCCAAUGAGAAAGCCCGCAAGGAGUUGAAGGACGACCUGAACAAAGGUGGGCAGGUUGAUCUGGAGAGCAAACCUGUGCACCUGUUGGCAGUGGUCUUGAAGGACUUCCUCCGAAAUAUCCCCUCCAAACUCCUGUCAGCCGACCUGUACGAGAAGUGGAUGCUAGCUCUGGAGAAGCCAAGCAAGCAGGAAAAAAUUGAAGGCUUGAAAGAGGUGGCUGACAAACUGCCCAGGCCAAAUCUCCUCUUGCUCAAGCACUUGCUUGCUGUGCUCCACCACAUCAGCCAAAACGCAGAGACCAACAGGAUGGACUCCAGCAACCUUGCCAUCUGCGUCGGGCCAAACAUGCUGAGCCCAGACACGGACAACACGCUCCCGCUGGAAGUGCAGAAAGAGCUGAAUGACAAGGUGACAACGUUGGUGGAGUUCCUCAUAGACAACUGCACAGCAGUGUUUGGGGAAGACAUGGCCUUGCCUUUCAGCCCUUCGGACAAGGAGCCCCCCAAGCACACAGGCAGCUCCACAGAACACCCACAGGCUACUCCGCAGAACGGUUCGGCCUAUGAUAGCCCAGAGCCUGAAGCUGAAUGCGGCCCUUGUACCCCUGAGAGGGAGCAGCCCAAAGGCAGAAGCACCAGUGUGAGUGGAAGAUAUCCAGCACAUGUCUCCGCCCCUUCACUGCCUCACUUUACAAAUGCUGUCAGCAUGAUGGACAGGAGGUACUCAGAGCCAGACUUGUCCUUCCACAACUGCUUGGAAGGCACGAUAAAGGACCAGAAGCUAACCAAAAGUGAGGUUAUUUCCUGGAAAUUUCCAAAUUUUCCUGUUCGGCAGGAACGGCUCAGGUUGGAGAACAAAGCAUUGAAAAAACGGUUUUCAGUCUUGCUUUCACAAUUAUUAAAUGACUCGCUACCCAAACCAUCUUCCAGUUGCUCCCUGGAGAGCUCCUUUUCUGGUUCUGAAGGCUCAGUUUUCAUCAGCUCCCCGUUAGAUUCACCAACCAGUCCCCAAAAAAUCUUUUUAAAUAGGCCCCAGUCAUUUUCCAACAAGCCCGUGGAGGACAGCAGCACACCUAGCAGAGAGAUCAAAAAG